AUGCCCUGUUCUCUUCCUGGAGGUCAGGGGCUGGAUCUCCAUGCCCUGUUCUCUUCCUGGAGGUCAGGGGCUGGAGCUCCAUGCCCUGUUUUCUUCCUGGAGGUCACGGGCUGGAUCUCCAUGCCCUGUUCUAUUCCUGGAGGUCAGGGCCUGGAUCUCCAUGCCCUGUUCUCUUCCUGGAGGUCAGGGCCUGGAUCUCCAUGCCCGGUUCUCUUCCUGGAGGUCAGGGCCUGGAGCUACCCCAACCUACCCUCCCCCAGCCCAGAGGAUUCCAGGUCCGAAGAAGAGUUACCUUGGCGGGGGAGGGGUGGGCUACUAUCCCCGGAGCCUGGAGAGGAAGAUUGUGGCGCUGUAGCCCUGUCAAACUUGCUUCUGAUGUCCGCCAGUUGUUCCGCAGUGAGCUGGAAUGUGGUACCCACGUGUGUAGCUACUGCGCUGCGGAAAUCAGUCAUGGUCGGCCGGCCUGGGAGCCCCAUCUCCGUCCAGGCACACUGGGAGAACCGCGUCAGCUUGGCGAUCCGCUUCUGGUUGCUGCUGAACAGCAGGAACUUGCACGGUGGGUUCAGCGUGCUCCGGAUCGACAGCCAGCGGACGAACCAGGUGAACUCCGCGUGGGUCAGGAACAGCUGGGCAGCUCCGAAGGCCCUGUUGGUCUUGAGGUUCCUCAACUGA